GGUUGGCGGGCACCGAGGGCGGCCCAGCGCCCGGCCCUGCGGCUGCCGCCGGCGGAGCGCGAGCCGGGCUGUAGGCGGCUCCUUCCUGUGCAAACUUUUCGCUCUCUUCCUCCCGCCGCCCCGCGCCGGCCGCCCGCGGGAGCCCCAUGGCCACGGCCGCGGGGAGCCCCGAGGAGCCCCCGGCCGAGCCCCCCGCGCUCGCCCCGCGCCGCCCGCCCGGGGACCCGAGCCCCCGCGGCCGCUCCCAGAGCGACCUGUCGUCGUGCUCCAGCCGGGGCCGCCCGCUCCGCGUCCACAUCUCGGGCUCAGUUGAUGGACUGGACAAAGCUUCUAUAGCCAACUCUGAUGGCCCAACUGCAGGCUCCCAAACAUCUCCCUUCAAGAGAAAGGGGAAACUGUCAUCCAUUGGUAAAAUCUUUAAGCCUUGGAAAUGGAGGAAAAAGAAGACCAGUGACAAAUUUAGAGAAACGUCUGCAGUACUGGAAAGGAAGAUAUCUACAAGGCAGAGUAGAGAGGAGCUGAUCAGAAGGGGCGUUCUGAAGGAGUUACCUGAUCAAGAUGGAGAUGUGACAGUUAACUUUGAAAACUCAAACGGGCACAUGAUACCCAUCGGCGAGGAAUCUGCCCGAGAGGAAACUGUAGUAAAACCUGAAGAAGGUAAUGGCUCUCUAGCUGAAAAGGCGCCUCCUCUGGAAGAAAAGGCAGAAGAUAAGAAAGCUGGUUCCUCUCACUCCAAAAAAACAGCUGGCUCCAAAGCAUCCGCUUCAUCGUCGUCGGCCUCCACGCUGUCACGCGCCCGUGCUUCCAAGGAGACUGUGUCUAGCAAAACAGGGACGGUGGGGAUCACCAAGGGCAAGAAAAAAACCGCCCGGCAGCCCACCUCACGGCCGCCUCCUGACGCGGCCCCUGCCAGCUCGUCCGACGGGAAAGGAGAGCCUUCGGAGGCCGGCGGGCAGAGCCGGGCGCCCCAGCAGACUGUCGCUGGGACCGAGGACCAGGCCAUCAGCAAGUUCAAGUCUGCCAUCCCGCUGCCCCCCGCGACCCCACCGCCCCCUCCGCCUGCCUCCGCUCUCUCUGGGGAGGAGCAGGGUUCUCUGACCCCCAGCACUCCUUUCGUCCUGGUCAGCAAUGGCGUGGACCCGCCCUUCCCUGUCUUCGACCUCUCGCAGCUGCACCAGAAGGAAGAACCCACGGAAGGACCCGCCGUCCCCGCAGGCCCCGGUGCGGGCAUUAGCAGAGAGACCCUCAAAUGUGUCAGCACCAAAGACGAGCGGGGGAAGCCAGCACUGCAGCUCCUGACGCCUGGGCUGGUGGGGAAGUGUUCCGAGAUCUUCAGUGCCUCAGAGGAGGAAGGCCAGAAGGAGUACCAGGCCAAUGACUCGGACUCGGAUGGGCCGAUCUUGUACACCGAUGAUGACGAUGAGGAUGAAGACGAGGAUGGCAGUGGAGAAAGUGCUUUAGCAAGUAAAAUACGACGAAGGGAUACUCUUGCCAUCAAACUUGGCAACAGACCGUCUAAGAAGGAGCUGGAGGACAAGAACAUCUUACAGAGCACGUCUGAGGAAGAGAGGCAGGAAAUCCGACAACAGAUUGGAACGAAGUUGGUCAGGCGACUCAGUCAGAGGCCCACAACUGAAGAAUUAGAGCAAAGAAAUAUCCUAAAACAAAAGAAUGAAGAAGAAGAACAAGAAGCAAAAAUGGAACUUAAACGCAGACUCAGCAGAAAGCUCAGCCUGAGACCCACAGUGGCAGAACUCCAAGCUCGAAGGAUCCUGCGGUUUAACGAGUACGUGGAAGUCACCGAUUCUCCCGACUACGAUCGCCGAGCGGACAAGCCCUGGGCCAGGCUGACUCCUGCAGACAAGGCCGCAAUAAGGAAAGAAUUGAAUGAAUUUAAGAGCACAGAGAUGGAAGUUCAUGAAGAGAGUCGACAGUUUACAAGAUUUCAUCGUCCAUAAUGACGUGGGAAACACUUUGGAGCCAUAAGACUGAUCAUCUUGGGGGGAAGCCUCACUUCCUGAAAACCUGAUGUUGCACUGGGAUUUAAACGUGUGUGUUUCCAUUUACCUUGUGGUGAAGGAAGUGUGUGGAAAGUGCUCCCCACCUGGACAGCCCAGAUGGGGCCACGAGCGAAGGGAAGGCAGUGGUGGCCCUUGCUGUCCAGUACACACAUUGAUGGUGAGGGACACCACGGUGACACUGGUGAUUCUUCUUCAGAAGUUUUCAUUGGAGAAGACACGCCACUGCAGGAAACAGUCGCUGGCUUCCUGCCACCAGAAAGCUGCACUUUCGAGUGUGGGUUAAAGAAAACCAGGGGCUGAAAUGUGCUGAGCAAUAGAAAGGGCUGCAUUCGAAAACUAGAAAGAUCAAGAAACAUUUCAUUAUGUUAAUGAUGAAGAGAGGAAAUGGGAGCAGAAACGUUAUUUUUUGAAGUGGGCAUAUGGUAGUGGAGAAACGAGUGAGAGAUUUGGGGAUCGAAUCACCCGGUGAGGAUUUCUUACAGACACAGUUGUAGAGGAAUAUUCUCAUUUUCACCAUUUCGUCGGUACAGUAUGGUACCAUUAUUUUUUAUGUUGUGCCAGUGAAUCCAGUUGCCAGAAAUAAGUCUUUCGUAUUUUCGUGCAUCUUUUCCCUCAAAUUACACGAAGCUACUUCUAACUUUUAACAAGCAUGCUUCCCCAAAUUUCGUUGCAUGCUUUCAAUGGCAUAGCUGUAUACACUUUAUAUUCUUUAAAUACUCCUUAGUGCACCCACAGGACUGGGAAUAAAGUUAGAUAUAAUAUGACUUUAUAAUUGUAGCAAGCCUUAAAAUUAAGUCUUUUGGCCUUCCCCUCUUUAUCUCCAAAGUCAAAAGAAUUCAACUUGAUCUAAGAACAAUCAUAGCAAAAGUCAUGACAUCUUCUUAAAAAUCUGAAGCCCAUUAGAACUUAGAGAAUGUUAGAACUUAGUAACACGCAACUAUCAAGUGUGUUGCUUGCAGUUCUGAGUUGGAAUACAAAGGACUACUUAUUUUCAUGACUGCAUUAAGUUGGGUUGCUGCUAUCUAAACAAAUUAAGUACAUGGAUUUAAAAAAAAAAGUCACCCAAAGACUUAGAAGGAAAUUUCUGCUAAGUUGCUUGUGAGGAAAACCUCCUCUUGUUUUUCAAAAGUCCACUGAUUAUCCCUCAAUGAUAACUUCCAAUGCAAAAGUAUUGGUGAGAUUAGAUUCACUGAAGGUUUUCCUAUAUGCCUACAGUGAAUAUUGUUUACAUUAAGAAGCCUUUUAUUGGCCGGGGAUGUGGCUCAGAGGUAGAGCACUUGCCUUUCGUGUGUAAGGCCCAGCUUUUGAUCAUCGGCACAGAAACUUAAAAAGAGUGGUAAGAAACCCUUUAUUUUUGUUAAUCAUCUUGCUAUUUUCCAUGAAAUCAUGGGCACCUUGUUCUUCCCAAGUACAUAUGACCAAAUGUAAAUAAUACUUUAUCUUUCAUUGUUCUUUCAUGAUUGUGUUGUACCCUUUUAAAAAAGACAUGAAAUAUAUAAUAACACAACGAGACUUACAUAGACAUUAUUUUAUCCUGAGAGACUGGGCUAGAAUCUUCUGAAAUGAUUCUGGUUUCAUUAUGUGAAAGAUUCUUAUUUUCCCAUUUCAGCUGGACAAGCUGGGUCUGAUAGAUAAGUUUGCCAUUCAUUUAUAUUUUAAAGAACCACUUGAUUUGGGUGAUUUUGUUUGGAAAUAAAGUCCAGUUGGCCUAUUACAAAAAAAGUUUUAAUGCCUAAGAAAAAUAGCUGUCAUCAUUGCAACUCUAGCUGCACUUGACUAUGUGUAUUAAUAGAUAAAUCUAACUCGUUGCACUAUUGCCAUUUCAUUAGUGGGAUAUGGCACAUUUUGGCUUUGAAACAUUUUUUUCUGCGUGCCUGUGUCUUUCUGAAGAUUUGUCCAUUGUAUAAUGUCUAAAUCCAGCCAUAGACCUAUAUUCAAAUUUUUUGUCAAAGUCAUACUUUCCUUUUCCAUAAUAUUUUAUCACAAUUUUAGUGUCUGGAGAAAAUACCAUGGGAUGUAUUUUUCUUUCAAUUUCCCAUACUUAAAACUCUCUGCCCUCUUUCCACUUAUAGUCAUGAGACCUCUGUGAAAAUGAUGAAUAUGAAACAUCAUUUUCCCACUCAAAGUACAUAUCCUAGAAAGACUGUAUUUGGUAGCAAAAGGAAUAAUUUUUUCCCAUUAGUGGUUUGCAUGGUGCUGUUUGUUUAUUUCUGACAAUGAACUUCACCCCAUACAAAAAUUAGAACCUAAAUCCUUGGUUAUACUGAGGCUAAUGUACCCCUCAUUUGAUAUUUUAGAUUAAUGAAUUGCCCACACUUUUUCUUCAUACUGAUUGACUUAAAGAUUAGAGAAGAUUAAGAGAGGCUGAGAAUUUAAAAAAAAAAAAACUAACCAGUUGGUCUAAUAUUUAAGGAUUUAAACCACUAAUGAUUUCAUGAGAAUCUGUUGUCGUGGGAAGCACAUGAAAUUCUUAGCUAAAACUGUAUGUUCCAGAAUAAGGCUCAGUUCUAGAAGGUAAUUUUAAAAAGUGGAAACACUGCAUCUACCACCCCACCUUGGCCAGUCAGUGGGCUCUCUCAGCUGGCAGUCCUAAAAGUGUACAUAGAACUGGCCUGCCCUACAUACAGUCCUGCCUUGGCUGCCUGCCGGUCAAUAUGCUGAGGUUCCAUAAAGAAAAUAAAUGUGUGUGUGAGUUGGGUUGUAAUAACACAACUCUUAGCUACUCCCUGUUUAAGGAAUGACAUUAGACUGACACAGUGGGAAUGAGUAGGUUUUCCUUAGUUCCCAAGAUAUAAUUAAGGGAAAAAACAAACCCAUCUCCAGGAAAGUCCAGAGCAAGGGAAAAAAGACUCAUCAUUGUCACAGCCAAAGUGGCAUUUAUGUGUUCCUUAAAAUGGAGAAAGUAAUAUGCAGGUAGAAAACACAUAUAAUGGGCUUUAUCAGCAUCUUCAGAUUGUUGCCAGCCUGAUGAGAUUAAGCCCCUGGUGAUGAGCAUUCAUUUAGCAUGGCCUUGUCUGAUCAUUUCCUAUGUAUGUGGAGUAUGUUGCCUUUUAAAAAUAUUCAACAUUUUGUAUGUUAAUUCCUUAAAUUAUUUAAAUGAAAUGUAUAUAUUCAGAGAAUCAUGCAGAAUAUUUGACUAGGGGGAAAAAGCCAACUCGUCACUGUUUCUGAUUUACUCAAAAAAAAAAAACAGACUUUCUAGUUAUAUUUUCCUAUCUUUUUUUAGAAAAAUGACUGUAGUCACUAACUUUUUGCCAAUGUUAGUAAAUAUCAUCUGUUAGUAGAAAGUUCUGAAUUAUAAGUGGAAACUACUUAAGGGGGUAGAAAAAUUUAAUAUACCACUCAAAACCUGUUAGAUACUGAAUGAAAAUUACAAACCCUUAUUUUAAACCCAGAGAUAGGUUUUACUCCCUUCAAUUAAUGCAGUUCUGCAUUGGCAUUUAAAGAAAUUUAUAAUAGUUUACACUUCAAACAGAAAAAUCUUCAUGAGCACUGCAAAUUUUGGUAGGAACUGUGUUUCAACAUGUAACAGACAUUGCACUUAUACUUUGAGUUAGACACAACUUUCAAAAAUCAUACUGUACAGGAGGACAUUUGGCAAAGCAGAAGAAAUUUUAGAACUGAACUAUGAUUACUACAGGGGCAAAAGUAAUCAUCAAGUCACAGGAUCCUGUUUCCGAGAGAUCCCUAGACACUGAAAAGCCAAAUUUCAAAGAGCAACAUGAGGAUUGAGCAUCUAUUCAGCAUGAUAGAAUCUGACAGUGGCCAAAGGGCAGGAGGGUCAAAAGCAGGGUGAUUCCAAACCAUUUUCAUUUUCACUUUCUGUUAUCUUUUUAUUUGGGGGGGGGAGUGCUCAGCAGGGGACCACAUGGGAUACUGGCAAUCAAACCUGGGUCGGCCAUGUGCAGGGCAAGCGCCCUACCUGCUAGACUAAUGCUCCAGCUCUGGUUUUUUUUUUUUUCUCGUAAUCAUUAAGUCUUAAGCUUUUAGAGAAAUGCAAACUACCCAUUAACAUUACUAGAAAACAGCUAAUAGAACCAACAUUAUCGAAAAGAGUUCACCCAAAAUUGAUUAUCCCGUUGCAUGUGCUUUGAAGGUCUGAGAGUAGAGGCUGGAAGAUGCAAAGAGCUAGUGCACAUACUUUGCAUGUGGGAGGCAUGUGGUCCCAACUGCUGAGAGUGACCCCUGAGCAGUCGGCAUGGAGUAGCCCCCGAGCACCACCAGGUUUGCCUCAAAAAUAAAUAAAUAAAACAAGAAGAAAACCCUAUGGCAGCUGUUUCCCUGGAAAGCCAGUGUUAUAAGCAUGGGUCAUUUUUAGCUUAGCAUAGAUUUAUCCUAGCAUGGAUUUAUUGCACUCAUAUAUAUCAUUUAGCUUGUCACAGCUGCACACAGGAGCAAAAGCACUGUUCAUCACUGCUUCUCCUUAGAGACGCUGUUGACAUUUGGAACUGUACAGAAAUGUCUGCCGAGUUGCAAGAUGUCUCACAGUCAUAACUAGAUACCAAUAGCCUCCCCAGCCAGGGUGGAAGACAGAAGUAAAAGCCCUCUUCUGUGUCCAGACGUCCUCCUCGGAGGGCUUGGACCACCGCUGUUGAAUGCCCCUGUGUACUGCAGUUUGACAGCAGACAGGAAAAAGUGCCUCUCUCAAACAUCAUUUUGCAUUUCUGUGGGAAUCUUUUCUUCCACUUCGCUUUUCAAGAUUCCUACUUCCAUACAGCUGUCAAGUGCCAGUUCUUCAGGGAGGUGGUAUCUGGGCCACCAUGGCAGUUGCCAAGAGGACUGGACAUAAUGGAGAGAUUUUACAGAAAGCAUUUUUCCCCCUGGCAUCACAGUUUUACUUGAAUAAUGCUCUUGGUGAUGAUCCUUGUCUUAGUUGUGAGGACUGGUACAUGGCUCAAGUGUAAACACAAUGGACAAUGCAGGGAAGUAAAAUGUGGUCAGUGGCAACCACCACUCGAUUUCACUGGAUAGGCUGCAUCAAGUAAGUUCCAAAACAGUCACCUGUUUAUACUGUCAAGAUAUAUUUAAUCUAUAUGCAAAUAUUUGAAUCCUCUAUUAUCAUACCAUCCACCUUACUGUUUGUGAACAUUAAAUUAUGAAGGAGAUGUGGAUUAACCAUGGAUUUCAUGCAUAUUGUUCAUACUUCAGUGAUGGUCAGUCACAGAACAUGAUGAGUUUUACCUAAACAAAACCUUUAAACUAUACUAAGAAUUUAUAAAUAUACUUAUUCUGUCACUCUUUAUCAUCAAAACUGAAUAGUAAUUACAUCUUGGAAUUAUUUGGAUGAAUCAUGGCUAAAUAGAUAGAAUUAAGUUAGCUAUGUAAUACUUUUAUAUAUUAUAAUUUCUAUUUUUUGAAGGCAAGGAAAUUCAGAAUUGUUAUAGGUGGUUGGUAACAUUGUGAACUUUUAGAUGGUGUUUAAGAAUUCUCUUUUAAACACCAGCUUUUUUGGUUUUUGCUUUUUGAGAAUAAAUGGGGCUAGAGAGAUACAGCACAACCCUUGCACGCAGCUGACCCAGGUUCUAUCCCUGGUACCCCGUCUGGUUCCCCAAGCCUGCCAGGAAUGAUCCAUGAGCACAGCCUGGUGUGACCCAAAAACCAGAAAUGAAAAAUUUUUUUAAACAAACAUAAUGGAAGGAUGUAAAUGGGGCAGAAUGCCAUGCCACCCUCAGGUCAAUUUUAUGGUAUAUUACAAUGCCAAUAAUAUUUGUGCCACUUGCCAAUUUGGGGGGCUUUUCCCAGACUGUAUGCUUUUGUUGGUGUUUCUGAGCCUCCAAAAAAAGACGUCACCACUGCAAUGCUAGCAUUCAAAACCAAUCUGAAUGAAUCUAGGGUCAAACCACUUCUAUAACUUAAAAUGUAGGCACUCAUUUUUAUUUCUGUUUUUCAGAGUUAUCUUCUCAGAUUUAGAAAUGUGCCAAUGUGUUCAGAAUAGUUUCUAUCAAUUUCAUUAGAUGUAAUAUCCACUAGUAACUCAAACUUGUUACUUUUUUUCCUAUGUAACAGAUUUUUUCUAUUUUAAUGAAAGACAAUAGACAUUCUUUUGUUAUUUCCAGUUUGAGGUUGAAUUGAUAUGAAUGGUAAGCUGUGAUCAUUAUCAGAACUGACUGAGUCCUGGUUUCCAGUGAGUGGUCUAAUUCUAUAUAUUACACAGGUAUAAUAUCUGUGAGUGUAAAUAACUGGAACUGUACACUGAUUAACAUGACAGUUUCUCUUUUUUGUUGUUGGUGUUCUUGAUCUGUACUGUAUUAUAGUAUGUGGGUAUAAAUAUCUACAAGUAUACACACAUAUGUAUGUGUAUUCCACUAUUGUAACCUGAAAGAAAAAUGUAUUAUCUUUUUUUAAAUUCUGAUUGGUGUUUGUUUUAUUUAAAAAGCAAAAUCAUGCUUUAUUUAGUUGUAUAAUAUUAUAGGAUACCUUACUGUGCACAAUUCCAAGUGCCUUAGAACAUUGUGUAGCUUUCUUAAGUAUAUAUAAAUGCAUAUAUGUAUAAAAUUGGGAAAAAUUACCUCAAUAAAAUGAUUGGGAAAUCCCCAGA